CUUUACCUUGUCACACGGAGUUCACAAUCACUAUGAACCGGACCGAAAUGACUACAAAUAUUUUGCAAUGCUUUAUUGCGUAUGAUUUAUAUUUUCCAAACUAGUAAUCAGCUGAACUUAGUACUUGUUCGAACUGCGUCAUCUGUAAGAGAGGAUCUGUGAUCAAUUCUUGGUCAUGUGCGAUACACGUAUUGCUACAAACUGCACAAUUUGAUUGUAGAAGGGAUUAAAUUGAAAUGAAGAAACCACGACUGAUCUGACCCUGUACAUCCUAGCAUUGGUAUGCAUAUUAUCCCUACUGUUUCCCAUACAUUUCUUGAGAUGGUGAUAAGGAGAAUUUGUUCGACUAUCAAGAGUUUAAAGUUGGUAAUUACGUCUGUUAUCAGUCUCGUGGCCUUAAUGUUUUAAUCAGUGCUGAUAGAGAAAUUGGAGAAUAAUUUUAUCUUUGGAGAGUGUCUCCCUGUUGAUGUAGGUUGGGUAAUACCGCAUAUAGCGGGAUCUUAAACGGUUAGUAAUUCAAAUAAGGGCGUAGUUUGUAAUUUGGAAAUGUGCCCUCUUUGUUGAAAGGAAAGGCCCGUGGAAAAUCUUGAGUAGGGACCAUUAAGCGUUUGGAGAAGAAAAAGUAAACAUUAAUGAACUAACUUUCAGCAUAAAUUUGCGAGACAUAAGGGAAGCUGUGAGUGUGUGUGCCUGUAUAGCCUUUCUUGUUUUAGGGUGUCGCUGGGAGAUUGUGCAAAAAUCGUGGGCUCCCCGCCGAAAUACAAAAGCCCGAAUGUAAGUUGUAAAUGUGUACGUGAUGGUGUUUCAGAACUGGACCCUCUGGGAACCGAAAAGAUUGACGUAAGGCUGACACAUUUAGGAUACGUAUCGACAGGAAGCACGCGAUGUAAAAUUACUUUGACGUAAGGUAUUUCAACAAACUGCACCUUAAUGUGAGGUUUCUUGAGUGCAGACUUCGAAGCGUUGUCGAUUAUCUAAACUUUUCUUUAACUACGUAAUUGCGUUUCGGAGGGAUCACCUUAGAGCUAAAGCAACUGGAAGAAUCAGACGUAAGUACGGAAAUGAGUUUGCUUCAUUUCAUUUUUCACCGCGGGUUAUAGUCAAUUUUAAAGUGAUCUCAAUAAAGCUUGUACCGUUAACUUAGCUUCCUUCAUUUAAGAUUUAAAAAACCUAGCGUAAACUUGUAAAUCUCUUUAAGAAAUACAACUUUACACAAUAAAACCCUUUUCAUGAGCCAAACUACUAAUGGUGAUGAGGACAUGAAUUUUUCUCAACAUUUUGAUCGAUUCUCUAAUGUGUUGCGAAAUGGCGACCUUUGUUGGCAAUGUAACAGCGAAAUGACUCCAUGUUAGAUUUAACAGAAAUUUUAAGAUCUGAAAUUGUUAAGAGUUAGGAUAAAGUCUACAAUUAAUGCUGAAGACAUUUGACAACAAUAAUUUUCAGUUCUUUUGAUCUGCCCUGAAGGGGGGCCAAGUUGGAAGCAUCGUAACUGAUCAGCCUAACGGAAAUUUUAUGAACUUCUUUCCUUUCACCUUCGAUUCGAAGAAGUGUGACCUUUUAAAUUAUUCAAAAGUGGAGCGCCAACAGGAGUUUACACUAACCUGAUAUGUCAUAAUACCUGGUUCAUAAGAUUGGUUUGCCGUUUCUAUAGCCGUGCCUGGAUGUAUCUUCGCAGAUUUUACUCCAAGAUUCUCAUUCUAGAUUUCCUCGUAGUGUUAAUUAGCAAUUUGCUUGACUGGCAUUACCUUGAAAAAGAACAUAGUGUUGGAGACAUCGUGCAGUGAAAUUCUUACGCUAAUCGUCUAAUUUGAUUGAGUCCUGUUGGCCCGCGCAAACGGAACAACCGAACCGCUUGUCUCUUACUUCGCUUCAGAAUAGUUAUUCGCCAAGUGUAAUUUACAAGCGUUUGUCAUUACAUCCGGUCCAUUGACGUGAUUUCCAGUUUUAAUGAUCUGAACUUUAUCCUUUGAUAUUUUUACUACUAGAGUUUCGCUGUCGUUGUAAUUAAAAUUUCGGGAGAUGGCUGUCAUGGACUUUGAAAUUAACAUAACACUUUUUUUCCGAGUUGCGUUUGCUUGACAAAAGAUUGCUUUAAAUAGCGGUUGUGCCACAGUCUUCCAAUCGAGGGUUCAUUUAUAGACUGUAAGCAGCUUAAUAAAUUUCUCGAUUAAGGUAAAAUGAGGCAGAAAAAGUGGGAAGUGAUUUGUCCAUUGUUCUUGGUUGUUUGUGUGACAUUUACUCUUCUACAAAUGAAGUGCUUCUCCGGUCCAUCAUCUACAUGUUCAAAGAAGAUAAAGCGUCACUUCCGCCUUCCUCCCAUUGAAAGGUUUCACAUGUCCUCUGUAGAAAUACUUGGGUGGGAUUACCAGCCAGAAGAUGAAGUUGAAGCAAGACUGGCCAGGAAUGUUGUGAAGUAUGUCUUGAUGGUUCCCCACAAAUUACAACCAUGGUUGAAAUCUCUUGGUGUGGCUGGCCUGUCCUUGCAAGACAAACAAGAAUUACAGAAGCUAUUACAGUUCCUUGAUGCAAGUCCAAACUUUGAUGGGGCAAUGGGGGUAUUGACCCAGGUAAGAGUGAAAGGAUUCAACAGUGCCAAGACUCUUCUUGAAGAAAGUAGCUGCACAUUUCUGGUUAAAAACUGGACAAUGAGUAUUCGCAAUUUUGGACCAAUUCACCCCCAUGAACCCAGUCACCGUGAAGAUGACAGCAGCAAAGCUACUAAUUGGUUUCAAGAGUGCAAUAUUGCCGAAACAGCAUUUGUUCUUCGCAAAAGUACCUUUCAGUCCCUGAGGUGGCGUGCUGAAUGUGGUAGCAUGAGUCAUCUUGACUUCUUUAAAAGGUCAGAAGGACUCCUGAAAAUAGGUAAACUAUCAAACUGCUUUUUCUCGCCUGCCAUAACAUACUUUGAUCACCAAAUCCUUCAGAGUACUGGGUAUUAUCUCGAUUAUUCCACACUUGGCCAAAUACACAGCAUCUUACGCAUAGUACGUCCAGAUAAAAUCGAAUGGACCAAGUGCACAGAUGACAAGCAGUUCUGCCCUGAGAAACCUUUGACCUCUCGCCCAAACACUCUUGCUGCAGCUGAUGGCUAUCCAAUCUGUUGUGAUGUGCUCAUGGAUGAGAUCUUGUCCACCCUCGUGGAUGCCAUGAAUCAAGUUGGAAUUGAGUAUCGUGUCGUUUAUGGGACACUCCUUGGUGCUGUGAGAAGCCAGUCAAUGGUUCCCUAUUCAGAUGAUGUAGACCUUGCAAUCCACAAAGCUGACAAUGACCAGUAUGAAAAGUUCCAGUUGGUGCAAAGGAUUUUGGGUUCCAGGUACUUUGUGGCAUGGAAAGCGAACCCCCCAGUCACCAGGGUUUUUGCACAUUAUGCUCCAACAGUGGCCAUAAAUACUCAACAUUUCUUCAAAGGGGCUGAUAGCUUUGAGAGUGAUGCUUUAUUCAGUAGCAAGAUCCUCAAAGAGAUGGAGAAACUUCUUCCAGUAAAGAAUGUUGCAGUAGAACAGCGCUAUGUUGAUGUUUACCCCUCUCCUGAGGAAUGGUUUGAAAAUUUCACAGAAGUUACAAUAAACAAUCGACACUAUCAUACUGUAGGUAAUGCAGAUAAGAUGCUAAAAAUGUGGUAUGGAGAUUACAUGAAAAUUAGACCUGAAUUACAUUCGCAAAAUACAUUAGCAACAUAGAAGAACAGUUCUAAAUAAUGCUCCCAGUAGUUAGAAAAGGGCAAAUGCAAUUUAUAAGAAAAAUGUGGGGUAUGUUUCAGAACAGUUCUCCCAAAGACAUACAGUGCUUACAGGUCUUGCUCAUGAGCUUGAGUGAAAUGUGCAUUAAUUUCUAUACAAAGAAAAGUUUCAUUAAAGUUGCACUAAAGGGGUCCAACUGUAGGUCACAAAAAAGAUUGACAGAUCAACAUAUUUUUGCAAUCAUAUAACUUAUGGAGCUGAAACAUAUAUGCCUCCAAAAAAGUGAUUUUUUUCCUUUCCUUAUUUAUGUUAAUAAAUUUCAAAUAGUGAUAUGGAAAUAUGAGAUUCAUUGGAAUUGUAUUGGGAAUUGAGGUAUAUUUUGUGCACAAACAGUUUGAGACUGAUUGACAACGUUGAAGAUUUUGCUGUCUUCUGAAAGAUCAUAAAAAGUUGAUAUUAACGUACAAAGUAAGAUAGCAUACAAACCUUUGUAUAAAGCUCUAUUCAAUAAAAAUAUUGUUAAUGCUUC